AUGAGCAGCCGUGGCGGUCACCGGCGGGCCGCCACCGGUAGAUUCGCGGGUUUCACCAGCAAGGUCACGUCCGAAGAGGAAAACCUUUAUGUGUUAGGUUUGCCCGUAUCCUUACUACGGGAUGAUGAUAAUGCACAGCUAAUUGAGGACGGGAGGCAUUUGCAAGAAGCAGCAAACGGUGUUCGUGUAGAUCGGUUCGACGUCAGGCUUUUGUUAGAUAGCAUUCCUGCACAGCCCUCAAAGGAAAAGAAGUCUCGAGCUGAUAGGGCUGAGGAGCAGGAGCUUGAUGCUGAGCGCUAUCGGGACUUGGACCCCACCCGCGAACACGAGCUGGAGCCUGGCUUUCUGACGAGCACUGGCGGCCGCGGCGGCAGCGCCGCCGACGAACCCUCCAGUGGCCCUUCCGAAUCGGGCACCAGCAGCAGCGACAGUGACAGCACCGGGGAGAGUAGCACCUCGGAUUCCGAUUCCGAACCUUCUGACGUCAACCCACAUGAAAUAGAACCCAGAUUCGCUGCGGGCGUUGGCGCCGGCUAUGCGAGGGAGCUCCCACCACCGGACCGCAGCCACUACGCUGCCUUCGCCUUCAACUACGGCACAGAAACAGGCGAACCUGCUGAUGUGUCCGCGACCCUGUGCCUUCGGGCUCCCCGACACAUUGUCGGGAUUCACCUCUUGCAGGUGCUACUGCUGGCGGCAGCAGCAGCAGCAGCAGAGGAGGAGGGGAAGCGGGAGGGGGAGCGGGUGAGGAGCGACGCGGGGCGGCACCUGGGGUCCGUGGCGCCGCACCUCCCAGAGAACCAGCGCCUACACAGGUUGCUGGUUCGCACUGCGCGGUUCGUAUUCGACAAUGGCGACCAGGUGGAGGUGCUACUGCGAGUACGACAGGCAAACAACUCCAACUUUGCCUUCCUGUUUCCGGGUCACCGUACAUUUCCGUACUAUCGUUGGGUGGUUGAGACCCGGCCUCGUGAGCUCACACCGCUGAAUGCCGCGCCCGGCGCGGCGGAGGAGGACGAGGAUGCGGGGGCUGGCGGAGCUGCUGCUGUGGCGGUUGUGCAUACAACCACCAUCAACGCCGCGCCGUACGUGCCUGACGGGGAGCACGGCGCCGGCGAUGGUGACAGUAGCGCUUGUGGGCCUCAGCCGGAGGCCGCGGCGGAGUCGCCAGAUGCGUCCCAAAGGGAAGGGGUUGUUGAGCUGUCCGCUGCGGUGGCGGAUGCAGAGGCGGGAGCGUGUGGCGGUCAGGCGCAAGGCCACCACUACCGACGCGCAACUAGCGGCAGCGGUGGAGGUGCCCCCGGACAGUCGCGAUGGCCCUCACCGUCGCCGCCGCCGCCGCCGCCACAGCAGCAGACGCAUGCGCAUGGGCACGGACAUUUUGCUUCCGCCAUGCCCCGGCCCCUACUGCCGCCGCACCCGCCGUACCCCUACGCCUCCGCGGCCCCAAUGGCGCACCCCCACUCACACGGCUACCCGGCGUAUCCCGCGCACGCCGUACCACAUUCCGCACCGUACGGGCCAGCCUUCGCAACGGCACCCACGACCGUGGCAGCAGGUGCUGCAGCCGUGGCGGCGUCGGGGGCGGAUGCGGAGCCGCCAGCCACGACGAAAUCCAUCAUUGAGAAGCUCGUAAUGUACGUGGCAAAGAACGGGAUUGGUUUCGAGGCUGUCGUGCGGAAGCGGGAGCAGUCAAAUCCCGCAUUUUCAUUCUUGUUGCCGUGGGGUGCACAUCACAGCUACUAUCGCAGACGGCUGGAGCAGGCGCUGGGCGCAGAUGCGGUGGCGGCGGCGUUCAGCGGUGGUGGCGGCGGCGGCGGCGAGACGACGGGAGGAACAAAUGGGGGCGGGCAACGGGAUCCGAGCGGCACGAGCGUCAAGACUGCUGCUGUCGAAACAAGUAGUGCAGCGGCGGCGGCGGCUGGAGGGGUGGCGGUGGUUUCGGCGGCGGUCAUUGUACCGAAGCAAGCGUCUGGCGGAGGCGAGGGCCGUAGCGGUGGCGCAGCGGCAGCGGCAGUGGGAGGUCACGGCGGUGAAGUCCGGGGGGUCGUCUCGAUGUCGGCAGAGACAGGAGGUCGGGCGGCUGGGGCGGCAGCGGCAGCGGAGGAUGGCGGUGGAGCAAAACCCGUCCUGGAUGCUGGAGGUGCACUGCUUGCAGAGGACCAAGGGCCAGCGGAUGCGGCGGUUGCCGGAGGAGGAGGAGGGGAAGUGGGGGGAGGAGGAGGAGGAGGCGAUGGUCAUAACGGAGAUGGUGAGGUCAUUAUGGUUUUUGAGCGCAUGGAAAGCUCUUCCAGCUCCGAUUCUGAUGGAUCCGAAUCUGAAACGGAUUCCUUCAGCUCGGCAGAGGGGCUCGAUGGCGGCAGUAGCAGCGGCAGCGGCGGCGUGGAUGUCGACGGCAACGCGACACGAACACGCAGCUGGAAGGAACAGCGGCGGCGGCGGCGGCGGGAUGAUAUCCAGGCAGCACUGGACGUGCUGCCGCCCCCGGUUGGUACAAGAGGUAGCACCGACGCCACCGGCGCCACGGCCGCCGCCGCGGCGGCAGCGGCGGCCGAUCCCGACGCUGCUGCCCGACUGGAGGCGCGGCGUCAAGCGGCCCGACUGCUUGUUGCGAAGGCACGUGCACAGCAGGAGGUGGCAGCUGCAGCGCAACGGUCACGUGCCAUCCACCACCACCGGCACUUCUUUUUACGAGCCACGGACGAGGAAGAGGCGGCGGCGCUAGCGGUUGGCGGUGGUGAGGGGACCGGACUUCCCGCUGCGGUUGCGACCGCGCUGGCGGCCCGCAGGGCCGCCGCCACGGAGGGAAAAGAUCUUGGCGGCAGCAGCGGCGGCGGCGGCGGCGGCGCGCCUGUGGCGGAGGUUCUUGCAUUGGAAAGGCUGUUGGAGCGCCAAAAGCAGCAGCAGGCGACGCGGCUGCAGCAGCAGCAGCAAGCUGUUACAGCGCCAACUGCGACGCAGCAGCAGCCGCCAUUAGCCACGGACGGUGCAGCUGCAGCGCCGCAGCCCAAGGCCAAACUGGCGGUGGUGGCGGCGGCGACCGUUGGACCAGCCCGGCCUGCCUUUCCCGGUGAGGCUGCUGAUGUCCAGGUAAAGCCCCUCGUACAACCCGCCACGGCGGCGGCGGCGGCGGCGGCGGCGGCGCCAUCGUCUUCAUUGGCGGCGCUACGUGAGCUUGUCGUCGCAGCGGCGGCUGCAGCGGCCCAACAUCGGGCGGCGUUUGAAGCCAUGCUUAGGGACCCCUCUCAGGUGAUCCGCACGGAGCGGCAGGAGGCGGCAGCGGCGUCGGUGCCGGCUUCUGGGAAUGAGGCCUCGCGUGGAGGCGGUGGCGGUGGCGAUGACAGCAAGAGUCGCCGCAAGCGUGAGGGCGACACACACCAUCACAAACGCGAACGAGAGGGGGAUCGGAAGCGCCGGAAGCGAAACUCGAGAUCCAGAUCCAAAUCUAAAUCCCGAUCGAGAUCUAAAGACCGUGCACGGUCACCCCGGAAAGUUCGCCAUAAGGCUACCAGCGAUGGCGACCGCAGACACGAUCGAAGCCGCAGUCGAAGCAAGAGCCGCGACGGGGGCCGAAGUCACAGCCGAGGGCAGAGGCGGCGGCAGCACCACGGUGACGGUAGCCGCAGCCGCACCCGAAGCCGCAGCCGGAGCCGCUCCCCGCACCAUCGCAGGCGAAGAGGUGAAGACAACUCAGCUAAGGGCCGAGAACGGUCUAUGAACAAGGACAGGGCGCGGCUCGACCGCAGCCGAAGUCGCAGCCAAAGCCGACGGAAGGGCAGUGACAAAACGGGGUCACGGCGACAGCGCCGGAGGGGCGAUGGCAGGCGUGCGGACGGCGACAGCGACAGCGGCAGGAGUAGGAGCCGCGAGCGGCUGGGCAAGGGAGGCAACCUACCCGUGGGGCAGCAGCCAACUGCGAGUGGCCGCGCAGCUGCCGCGGUGCCGUCGGCAGGGCGUGCUGAGGUCUCCAAUGCCGCAACCGUGGGGCGGCCGAGGAUAGGGAAAGGCGUGGAGGCGACUGGAAAUCUCGGAGGGUCCAGCGUGCACGUGGCGGCGGCCACAGCGGCGGCGGCCGCGGCGGUUGCAGCCGGCGGGACAGGCGGUGUGGUGUAGGCGAGUGUACGGGCUGUGUGUACGCGAGGUCUAGGACAGCCGCGACAUCUGUGUUCGGUUCAUAAAGGGCAUUCGGUGUUAGCUGACAUUUUGUUUAUUACGAGUGGCAGGUCCAGGGAUACCUGACGUGGUGUAUCGUAAUUGAUGUAACAUACUUGCCGU